AUGGGGAUGGUUUACAUAAUGACAAUUGUCACGACAGACGCCUCCAACUCAGGGAUGCACACAAGCGGGGGGAAUUCUAACGGGGCACCCUGUGAGUUCCCCUUUCUCUACAAUGGGACCUGGCACCACAGCUGUCUGCCUGGCACUGAAGACAAGACGCUGGACUGGUGCUCCACCACAGCAAACUAUGAUCUACAGAAGAAGUGGGGGAAUUGCCUGAAGUAUGUGGAAGGAUGCAUUAAUUUAUGGGAGAAAGCCCCAGUGAAAGGACGCUGCUAUCAGGUCGUCUCCACAGCGGUGGUGACCUGGCACGAGGCGCGGGAUGCCUGUCGUAGUCAAGGCGGAGAUCUGCUCAGCGUGUCUAGCCCUCAAGAGCUUGAGUUCUUUAAAAAUCAGAAAGACUUGCCAAGCAAGCUGUGGAUCGGCUUGAACCAUCUGGACUGGAUGCAGGGUUGGCAGUGGUCAGAUGGAUCAGCUUUAUAUUUUGCCCCUUGGGAAACAGGCAUCCCAAUCAGAUCCCUUAUGUCAGACGAGGACUGUGGAGUUCUGAAGGAGCCGCUGUGUUUCGGCGCAGAGACGUGUGAAAAUCGGCUUCCCUUCAUCUGCAUGAAGAAUGACAAAGACAGUGCGAGUACAGCAGUCAGGGAGGUAUAUAAGCCCACGGCGUGUAAAGAUGGGUGGAUUGGGUGGAAAGGAUUCUGUUAUAAACUCCACAGUAGAACAGAGUCAAAACUGUCCCAGCAUGAAGCUCUGAGCAUGUGUCGGAUGGAUGACUCUGAGCUUGCCAGCAUGCACAGUUUAGAGGAUAUUGAAAUGCUGCACACAAAUUUUCACUCAGACCUGAAGACAGAGGUAUGGAUUGGUCUUUUGGGUGAUGGAAACACCUCAGUUUUUGAAUGGGUCGAUAAAGUACCAGUUUCUUUCACAUACUGGGCCAGAGCUCAACCUCCACCACUUCUACCAAAUACCAUCCACUGCGUGUACUAUUCAGGAGAGCAUCAUACAUGGUCUGUGUCUGAUUGUGAAAAGCCGAGGGCUUACAUGUGUAAGUCGAAUGGGAGUGUGAAUGAGAGCGCCCCAGAGGAAGGCUGCCCUUCAGACAGGAAUUGGAAGAGACAUGACCUGAAGACAGAGGUAUGGAUUGGUCUUUUGGGUGAUGGAAACACCUCAGUUUUUGAAUGGGUCGAUAAAGUACCAGUUUCUUUCACAUACUGGGCCAGAGCUCAACCUCCACCACUUCUACCAAAUACCAUCCACUGCGUGUACUAUUCAGGAGAGCAUCAUACAUGGUCUGUGUCUGAUUGUGAAAAGCCGAGGGCUUACAUGUGUAAGUCGAAUGGGAGUGUGAAUGAGAGCGCCCCAGAGGAAGGCUGCCCUUCAGACAGGAAUUGGAAGAGACAUGGCAAUGCUUGCUAUAAAGUGGACACUGAGCUGGUGUUCUAUAAAAACAGCUGCCACAUCACCAUUAAUAACAGAUUUGAACAGGCCUUCAUUAACAGUCUUCUGAAAGAGCACAUCAGCACUGAGGUGUUGUAUUUCUGGACGGGGCUACAGGACACUAAAGGCUCCAGGGAGUACCAUUGGAUCGGUCAGGAUGGGACAGCAGACCAGGUCACCUACACUAACUGGAAAUGGCUAGAACCAGCUUUCGCCGGUGGCUGUGUGGUGAUGUCUACUGGGAAUCCUUUGGGCCAGUGGGCUGUUAAGAACUGCACUCUGUUCAAAGCUGGCAGAAUCUGUAAGAAACCCAUCAAAUCAAUGGUCCAACCCACCCCAGAUCCAGUUGAGCCCAAUCUCAAUGCUUCCUGUGCACCAGGAUGGGUCUCAAAGGAAGGCCUAAAGUACUGUUACAUGGUGUUUCACGAGGAGCGUUUGACCAGGAAGCGCUCGUGGGAAGAGGCGGAGCGUUUCUGUGAGGCACUAGGGGGGCAUUUGCCCAGCUUCACUGAGGCUAAAGAUAUGCAAGCGUUACAUUACAUCCUGAGAGACUCUAUCAGUGAUAAUCGUUUUUUCUGGGUGGGACUAAAUCGCAGAAAUCCAAAUAACAACAAUAACUGGGAGUGGAGUGAUGGGCGUCCAGUCUCCAUGAUGAUCUUUCCUGAGGAAUUCAAUGAAGAUGAUGUCUAUAACAGGGACUGCGUUGCCUUUAAGACUUUGAAAGGAACCUACAAGCCAUUUCUCUUCCUCCUGUUUCAUAAUGUUCCUCCACGGCCUUUUUAUCCCAGCGUCUUUCACUGCAACGCCAAACUGGAAUGGGUGUGUCAGAUACCACGAGGUCAAACACCAAAAACACCAGAGUGGUACAAUCCAGAUGGGCACCAUAACACAUCAGUGUUUAUAGACGGCCAGGAGUUCUGGUUUGUAGCAGAGCCAAAGUUGUCCUUCGAGGAGGCCGUCUUGUACUGCAGCAGCAACAGCAGUAAACUCGCCGCACCCGACACCCUUAAUGCCGCACGCCGCCUACAGGAACGACUUUUUGAGCAUUCAGAACAGGUGAAUUUAAAGUGGUGGGCAGACCUUCGUUACCAUGGUCCUCAUGUUCCCUUUAUGCUCAGCCCCAUGCACUACUAUUAUUCAGCGUUUCUGGGAAGGUGCCCCUCUAUCACUCCCAUGUCAUUUGAACCUGGUUUCAGCGGCAAAUGUAAUGAAAAACAGCCGUUUGUGUGCGAGACACUGAACGUCACUUCUGCGGAGAAAGGAAGCCCAGAACCGCCCCCUGCCAGCACCCCAUGUGCGAGCACUUCCAGGCACUUCAGAAAGAAGUGCUAUUGGGUUUUAUCCCAGUCUUAUUUCCAAACCUUCAAAGACGCCAAUGAGUUCUGCAAGUCACUGACAGGCACUAUGCUCACCAUAUCUGACCAAGUUGAACAGGAUUUCAUCACUACAAUGUUACCGGAGUUACCCGGACAGCCUCAGAAAGUCUGGAUUGGCCUAAAGUUCAAACUUCAUGACACUCAGUGGGUGGACAACUCGCCAGUUGCAUAUCUGAACUUCAAUCCUCUCCUGCAUGGCCAGUUACGACCCAUAUUCAUCAAUACGUUUGAACAGGACUCCAUGGAGCUCUGUGCCUACAUGUAUAAUGAUGAUCAUUCUGACAUGAUGGGCACCUGGGACUACACCACCUGCUCCGACCGCCAGAAUCUCAGCAUCUGCCAGCAUCUUGCAGAUGAACAAAAGGAACCUGAGCAUAAGGAUGAUUUCACGGUUCAUAAUCAUACAUUUAAGGUGGUACAGCAAGGCAAUUUAACAUGGAUAGAGGCUCUUCAGUUGUGCCGGAGCUACAAUAUGGACUUGGCCAGCGUACCUGACGCAUAUGUCCAAGCAGUGCUCACAGUUGAAGUCUCUCGAAGAGGACAGCCCCUCUGGAUUGGACUCUUCAGUGAAGAUGAAGGGGAGCACUACCACUGGACAGACCACAGCCACACUGAGUUCAACCGCUGGACCUCUGAAGCCACCAAAGGAGCCUGUGUGUAUCUGGACACUGACGGUUUCUGGAAGGCAACCGAGUGUGAGGAUGAGCUUUCAGGAGUGAUCUGCCACAUCCCACACAAUGAGACCGUCACACCUGAAGUAGAUUCGGCCAAAUGUCCUCACAAAAGCAAUGGACAGAACUGGAUCCGCUUUAAGGAGAACUGCUACACGUUACUGCUGGGGGCCUCCAGAUGGGGCAACAACGACAUCAUUGAUCAGCAGAUCUGCAUGUCUCUUGCCGGGGCCGGAGAAAUCCUGACAAUCCGUGAUGAGGCAGAGAACGAUUUCAUCAGGCAACAGUUACAGCCAUUCAAAAAUUUAGUCAGGUUUGUGUGGCUGGGAAUGAACAAAAACAAGACAGAUGAGCAGCUGAAGUGGCUAGAUGGCAGCAAUGUGCAGUUCUCUAACUGGAAAUAUGGUCUAAGACCAAACCUCACAGAGUCCUUCAUAGUUGGUCUCAACUUAAUCGGAGAGUGGGAAAUGAUAACAAAUCAACGUCUUUUCAAUGCCUUCAAACAGAGGAGUAUUGUGGUGUGCAAGAUUGAAAAUGAUACCAAAGAGGAGUUCAUGAAGGGUGUGGUUGAUGUUAAUACUCCGGAUGGCAUAAGUUACCGUCGGGUGGCCAAGAGAAUGGAUUGGUAUCAGGCACUGCAAGAGUGUGGACGCAACAGAGGCCAUCUUGCCAGCAUUCCUGACAAAACCACUAAUGACAACAUGGCACUGGUCGCCAAACGGGAUGGCUUUUCACUCUGGAUUGGCCUCUCCAAACAAGAUGUAAGUGGAUGGCCAUUUGAGUGGUCAGAUGGGAGUGCAGUAAAAUUCAAACCAGAUGGAUUUGUCAACGACGGCCUUGAUUCUGAGGAAAAGUGUGUGUUUGUGGACUCCAAAGGCACCUGGAUGGCCGUCAACUGUCAUGCAGCCCAAGAAGGGGCCAUCUGUUACAACCACAUCAGUGAGAAAACUGUUGCACAUCUCUCUUCUGAAUCCAGCAGCAGUUGUCCCAAGAGUGAUGAUCACUUUUCAUGGGUCCUGUUCAAAGAUCACUGCUAUGCUUUCAACAUGUACAACUACUCUGUCUUUACCAUGGAGAGCGCCAAGAACGUGUGUCAGAAUCUGGAUUCUUCCUCCAAGCUGUUAACCAUCAAGAGUAAAGAGGAGAAUGAUUUUGUCUCUGACUACAUGAAUAAGAACCCUUCCAUCACAAGCCGAGUGUGGCUGGCGCUCAACGUUGACGCCAAUGGUGAGCCCACAGGUUGGCACGAUGGCAGUGAACUGGACUUCUCUAGCUGGGAUGCAAAUUCAGGCCCACAAUUAUCACGGCAGAUGCCGCAGAUCUGCGCAGUCAUGGUGUCCAGCAACGGCUCCUGGACCCACACAAGCUGCUUGAACAGCCGCAGCCGAAUCGUCUGCAAAGCACCUGCCCAUCCAGGUAGCCCUGUGGCUUUGAUCUUCUUCAUCAUUGUACUCAUCUGCAUCUUCGCGGCUGUCCCCUUCAUCUUAUACCAGAAAAACAAGCAUCGCUUCCAUUCGACAGUACGUUACCAGCGCAACUUUGAUGACACGGACAGCGCGAGUAUGAUCAAUAAUGCCGAAUAACGGCUCAGCUGAAUGACGUCAAAUGAAACGGUAGCUAUGAUGUGCCUUUUACUAGAAACACUCCUCUAUGCCAUCAACAGAAACACCUGCUUCAGUGGUG